CGACCAAAUUCUCUCCGGAAAAUUCAAAUCUUCCACGGAAAAUGCAAAAACCCGUCGCUUUUUCGAGCUUUCCCCCAUUUCUAGCGAGCAAAACCAAAAACCAACGUCAUAUCCAGCCUCCUGUCCUCAAAACCUGCCUGUGCUGAGAUUUUGGGGAGAUUUGGAGCCCUUUUUUUCAGCCAAGUCACCGGCGACGAGUCUCCGGCGAGCUUCCGACGAAGCUCCGACGACCCCUCUCCGGUCAGUUUUCCUACCAUUUUCACCAUCCUCGCCUGCACCUCACUUCCUCUUACGUCCCACUUGUGUCUCCAGGUUUGUUUUCGACUCUACCUUUGUGAAUUGUGGAGAAUCGGAUUAGGUAGUGAAGUGAGGUUGAAUUUUUGUGCUUUGCAUGAUUUAAUCUAGAUUUAGGGCAAGGACUUAGGUGAAUUAGGUCGUGUGAUUGAUGGAUUGAUAAUUGCAUGAGAUUAGUGAGCCUUGGUGGGCGUGUUUGAAUCGAAUUGCGCUUAUUUUUAGAAUUUGUCCACCAAGUGAUUUGUUAUGAAUGCAAGUGGAGGUUGUUUUUGUUUGGUGGAUGGUAGCCACCGUGGUAGGGGUAGGGGUUCAACUUUUUGUGUGCUUAAACCGUGAUAUACCCACAACCUUACCACGGUGGUUUGAGCUUAAAUUUUUUAUAACCAUGGUGUGAAAACAAGUGUGGGGGAAUUUCUUUUCCUACCAAUGUGCAUUAUUGACGAUUGUUUCCACGUAUGCUGCAUGCUUCUCAGUUUGUGCAGGAUAGUUAACAUGGAUCACCCAUAUCUCGUGGCGAUAAGGAGAAGCCCUAAAAUAGAGCAAGAUGCGUUUUUUUGGGCAUCUUCAAGAGUCGGUAACCAUUGGAAACUCGACUUCACCCAGUUCGAUAGGCUUCAUUGCGGUGACGCUAUAAGAGAGGCAGUGGUGCACCCCCAAUGGCGCCAAGCCCUUGAUCUUGACGAUGACACUUACUGGAGCUUUGCGUCGAGUUUUUCAGCACCUUCUCCAUACGCAAGAGCCUAUGCCUACUCGGUAAUCCGGUACGCCGGGUCGAGUUCCGAUUGGGAGGGGAACCUCGUGAUUUGAGCUAUGACGAGUUAGCCAGAGCCCUCUGAAUGGAAGCCAAUCGUAGGGACGAGUGGGAGAAAGAUGCCAUCCGAAGUUUUGACGUGAAUGUCGCGUUUCUGAAGAUUUUCCUUCCAAAGUACAGAAGGACGAAAUUCAAGUCGGCCAUCACAACGACAUCCACACUCUAGCCCCAGUGGCGUGUCAUGCUGACACUCGUGACUCAUUCCCUCUACCCGGCUUACCACAAUCUGAACAAGAUAACUGAGAGAAUCCUACUGGCAUGUUCUUGCAUGGCGAACCGGUCUAGCACUUUGCACCUGGGUUCAGUCAUGGCCACAUCCAUGGGUCCGUACAUCAGUCGCCUUGCCCGAUACUUCAAUGUCAGCCUUUCAGGAUGCUCGAAAGAGGGAGCCACCCAGAGAUUUGACGAAGGCACUCUUCACUCCAUGCGCUUAUUGUACAGCUUUGGCCCAAUGCGGUACAUCAAGGGAUUGAGUCCCGACCCCGAGGCCCCACUAGCAGCAGAGCAGACACCUGCUCGUGCACCCGGCCGCCGCCGCCGCCCAGCGCUCCCUCGCCCUGCACAGCAGCCACCACCACCAUGAGCAGGCGAUCCCCUCGUCCAGAGGGUGGAUCGCCUUGAGACGAGCUUCAUGGGACUCUCAUCCCGCCUCGACCGGCAGUCCGACACUCUCGAGCUUAUGGCUCGCCACCAGGGUAUCCUAAUCAAUGAUGGAGAGGGUCCAUCCACCGGAGAGAGGUAGUCGACGAGAUAGACAUGAGGCAGAGCGGAGUCCUUUCGCCCCACUUCUCUACUUGUAACCUGACUCGCCAUGGCACAACUCCUAACAAAGGCCAAGUGUAACCAAUGAAAGGGACUGCAGUAU